CCUCGGAUGUAGACGUAUGAAUACAACGAUUUUCAUGGAGAAAAUGUGAAUCGCCUCCGGCGUAUUACAGACUACGCAUAACAAAAUACUAACAAAAUAGUAACAUAAAAAAUAAUCUUCCUGCCAUUGUUAUUGCCAAUUAAAUAUAAGAUAUUUUAAAUUUACCUGUUCUGUAUAUAUAUUUGAUGUUUUGAUGCGGAAAGUAUUUGUUAUUAGAGAAAUCUUCACACGUGGUAUCACAUGUAAACAAAGAUGGCGACUUUCGAAGCUUGUAUAGAAUAUGCCAAGGAGAAAGUUGGGAUAUACGCAUUAAAAGAAAAACAAGAAGAGGCUCUCAGAGCUUUAUUUGAAGAGAGAGAUGUGGUGUGUGUUCUUCCAACGGGAUAUGGCAAAAGUGUGAUCUUCCAAAUACUUCCAUUUAUGGUGCAGAAGAAAAGAGACUCGGCAACUUUGCCAAUAGUGGUAGUUGUUGCCCCCCUUAAUGCAAUAAUGCAAGAUCAACUGAUGGGCCUUAAAAAGAAAGGCAUAGACGCUUGUUUCUUGGACGUUCAAGGAACGGAAGUUGUGACCUGCCACAUCAAAGUGAAAAGGAUGGAUAACGACAAUGAUGAGGAUGAGGAUCCAGAAGGAAAGGAGGAUGUGGUGUUCUCAAACAUAUCCAUUAACGAAAUAAAGAAAGGGGAAUUCUGCCUCCUUUAUGCCCAUCCCGAGACACUACUUAAAAAUAAAGAAAUAGGCAGAAUUCUUAGAAGUCCACUAUACCAAAGACAAGUGUGUUGCACAGUCAUAGAUGAAGUACACAUGGUCUCAGAAUGGGGGAAAGAUUUCCGUAAAGCCUUUUCAGAGCUGGGACAGUUAACAUCCAUAUUUUCCAAAGUUCCACAUUUGGCACUCACUGCAACUGCAACUUCAUCGGAUCUGAAAUUGUUAAGUAGUCUCUUAGAGUUCCAGAACACUCAUUUCAUUGUUGCUAAUCCUGAUCGGCCAAAUAUUUAUUUAGAAAUACGGAAGAGACUACCAAAUAUCAGAAAGUAUGAGAAGUAUGAUGAAAUUUUAAAAACAAUUGGAAGUGAAAUCCUUGUUCAGUUGGAAGCCUUUCCGGUAACAUUAGUUUACUGUGAUAAUUUAGAGAGUGUUGGCUAUAGCUAUAUGUAUAUUUACCAAAUUCUUGGAUCAAAGGCAUACUGUGGGAAAGAGGCUAUACCCGAGAAUAGAAUAGUUGCUCAGUAUCAUAAAGACUAUGCUACCCGCAUGAAAAACUUCAUUGUGCAUGAGAUUACAAAACCCAAUCCUAAAGUAAGACUCAUUUUUGCUACAGUUGCUCUAGGCAUGGGGCUGAAUGCACCAUCUGUGACAAGAGUAAUUCAUUUCAGGCCACCAACCACUCUUGAAAAAUACUUGCAGGAAAUCGGAAGGGCUGGUAGAACUGGACUACCCUCCCAGGCCAUUAUGUACUACAACAACAAUGACAUUGCCCCGAAUCGUAAAGGUUUAGAUUCUGCUGUUAGGGAUUUUGUUCUUAACAAUAAUGGGUGUCUAAGACUACAUCUCUUAAAGUACUUUGGAUUUGAGAAAUGUAUUUAUAAUGGACCAAAGGAACUCUGUUGUUCCAACUGUAAACAAUAAAUACCAUUUACCUAGAGGUCACAUU